UAUGUAACACCAAGUCGAUGCCCCUCAUUCAGGCCAUGCCCACGCCCACGCCCACGCCCACUCCGACACCGACGCCGACGCCUACACCCACGCCCAUGCCACACCCAGUCGCCGUUCGAGUCCAGCAGGAGCAUCAUCAGCAUAACCAGAGCCCAAUCUUCAAGACCUAUGCCAAGUCCAUGCCCGUGACGCCCAUACAGCUUCAGUCGCCGAUGGAAGAGACGCCCUCCUACGAGCUCUACGAACGCCACGCCCGCUCCGAUGCCACAUUCCACUUUGACGACGAUGUAGAUGUGGAUGAUGACGACGAUGAUGUGGAGGAUACAUCAUCGCUGGCCAUGAUCACACCGCCGCCACCCUACGACACCCCCUAUCUACUUUCGAGAAGAACCUGCAACAGUGCGGCGGCUCUGUCGCCGCCGCUGCCGCCUCCCCGCAGAUUCCGUUUCGGCAAUCGGGAGUUCUUCAGCAUGAGUCCGGGUGGUGGCGGUGCCACGCCCACAUCCACAUCCAAAGGCAGCGCCAUUACACCCACGAAACUGAGCGCCGCUGCGGCGGCCAUGUUCGCCACCCCACAAAUGGCCCAGCUGAACAGAAAGUGGGCGCAUUUGCAGCGGAAGCGGCGACGGCGAAACAGCAGCUCCGGCGACUCCAAGGAGCUAGACAAACUGGUGCUGCAAUCGGUCGAUUGGGAUGAGAAUGAGAUGUAUUAGAUACAAUCGAUGCACAGAGACUUAAUCGAGCUGCAAAUCAAGUAUAUGGUUUAAGAGUGCUGAUGUUGACCCUGUCUACAUCUGAGAGGGUCUAGGGCUGAGGCUGAACUGUUGCUAUUACGUAUAUCCUUCCCCCUUCUCCACUUAUCCUCCACCCAAGUCCAUUUAUCGAGCGUAAGAUGAUAAUAGUUUGCAUUUUUCCGAUAGGCGCUGGAUGAGGAUAUACUUAGACACAGAAGCCAGAGAAAUUAUACACGAAAUUUACAGUUAUAUAUAGCCUAUAUAUACCCAGUUUUGCUGGCAUACACAUGCAUCAAAUACGUAUAUAUACGAUUAUAUACCAUACACAUACUUGAAUGAAUAUAUAUAUAUACACAUGUAGUGACGGUUCGGUUCGAGGUAGGGGCUAAGCUAAAGUAGAGCCAGCUGCAAACGAAACGAUAUUGUUAAUUAACAUUGAUUGAUUGAUAACACAUUUGAGAAGAGGAGAGAAGAGGAGUCAACAGUUUGUACAUAUUAUUCUUAGAGUUGAAGUUGAAAGGAAACCUUAUUUGAAUAGAGUAUACGCGAUAUACAUACACGUUUUUGCAUUUAAACCAGACAAAUGGAAAAAUAGAAGAAAUUUACAAAAAGAAAAGAGAAAACAAAACGAAACGCUUAUUACUGAUUUAUACAAAAAAACAACAACAACAACAAGUACAGUACUCGUAAUAUACCAAAAUAGUAGAGCAAACAAAUUAGUCUUAAGGGCAGCAUAGCAUUCGACGUUCGAAAUUCGACGUUCGAAAUUCGAGAUUCGACAUUCACAUUCAGAUCCAACUGCCAACCGCAACAGGAAAUAUAAUAUAUCCUCCAAGUCAGACACGACACCAAAUCACACCGAGAAUCUAUCGAGUGCAUUUUCUAAGGUCAAUUUUAUUUGCAGAGCCUUAAGCUUCUUUUACAAUCUUUCAAUCUGCUUCAGAAUCUGCUAUAGAAAUGUGUAAAUUAUGUACAGCCGAUCCAAGGAUGCAAGUAACUGUACAGAUAUAUACAUACAUACUCGUACAUGCAUAGAUAUGUGCUAUAUGUGCCAUAAAUAGGGGCGGGAAUCCGCUUUGAGUUUAGUUGUUAUUAUAGUUUGCAUUGGGCUUAGGACGGUACAGAACAGAGAGCUCUCAUUCUCUAUGAUGUAUAUAUACUUAUCUAUACCUACAUAUAUAAAACUAUACGUACACGAGUAUAUAUACGAUGAGUAUGAGAAGGGGUAAAAAGGUAAAGGUAACGGUAACGGUAAAGGUAAACACAAAUUCCGUGUGAAGUGAUCGAUCAAAAUUUAGUGAAAGCAUUAACUAAACUGUAGCCUAGCCACAUAGGGUUUGUAUUAUAGAUUAGGCGACAGGAUAGAGGAGAACUUUUGAGGAUAUUUGCACUAGGGGCAUUUUCUAAUGUUGUUCUCAUAAUAGAGUAUAUAUACACAAUAUACAAUUAACGAUAUACAAUACAUAGGGUAUAUAGUAAGGUAAGGCUAACCGAUAUUCAAAUAUUUUGUAUGAAAACCUUAACAGAAAUCCUUAAAAUCCGAUUAAAUUCAAAUAUUGUAUGGAACACUCGAGCUCGAGCUCGAGCUCGAUGCAUUCCAAGUUGCAAGAGACUCUCUCUGCACGAGAAAAAGCGUAGAAAUAUCUAAAUCAAAGCAAAUUGUAAGAACAAAACAAUUGACAAAUUGUAGUGUAAACAAUUGACAAAUUGUAGUGUAAUCAAUAAACACACACACACACACACACACACAUAGACGACAUAGAAGUGUAUGUAUGUACAUAUGUACUUGCGCUAUAUACUUUAUGGAGCAGCAAACUAACGCUUUUAUAUGCCAUUUUACUUUUUGACAAAACGUAUACAAGCCGAAGAAGUAAAUAAAAGAAGGGGGAAAUCAGAAAAAGAAAUGCAAUAAAUUUAGACAGCCAAAGACACAAUUAAUUACUCGAACGAUUCUAAUUAUAAUUUGUAUUCAUCAUAAUUGUUUGUGCUAAAUUUUAUUUAGUUUUAGUUGUAAAUAAAUAUUCUUUAUAGGCUUUUAUUGCACUGAGGCAAUAUGCAUAUAUAGCUUUGGUUUAUUUAGUUUUUACUCUUUGUUUUCUUUGUUAUUAACAAUCAAAUCAAACAACAAUUGUGUGGAGUACUUCGAAAGCAAUAUGAACACGUAACAGAUAUAUGUACAUAUGCAUAUGGUAAAUAUUUCAUAGGCAAAAGGAAAUCAAACAAAAGUCAGACACAUAGCAGAUUGGAAUGAAUGAAUUAGGAAUACCUUAGGCGUACACUAGGAGUUUGAACUAUUUCUAGAACUCUAACUACAUCAACUCUACUUAUACAAUUGCAUACAAUUGAGUAUUAGCUCGAAAUCAGAUCAUUAACUUUUAUACACUUUACCAUUUACAUACACGAAUAUAUACAACAAGCGAACAGAAUAACGAAUACCGAAUACUCGAUUCGAAUACCGAUUUCAUAACAAAAUAGUUAGUUGUACUCGUAAUUUAGAGCCAGGAUGCAAUUGAAAGGUUUUACAGUGAAUCAUGCCUACAAAGAAAACAAACAACCAGCAAUACAACAGCACACACACAUAAAAAGAUCCAUAAAUAUACCGAAUAUAUAUAUAUAGAUGAUCCAUAUACAUACACUUAUUAGAUACUUUAGAAGAGAGAUUCUCUAGAGAUGCUUUUAAAUACGAAACAAAAUCGAAAAUCCAAAAAUCCAAAAAAAAUGAACAAACAAAAAUAAAUGAAUUAAGCAAAUGAAAAGUAUUUUAUUAAAACACGACUCUCGAUCACUUGUUGAUGAAGGGGAAACCGAGUAAAACAGCUAAAGAUAGAACAUACAAUAUAAACAUAAAUUUCUUAAAACUUCUGCAAACGCAAAAUCACUCGUGAGAUCAACAAAACUCAGCAACCUUUUUUUAGAGAGCCCAAGAGCAGCCCAACCCCUGCCUGAGGUUCGGUCCGGACGGAGCUGAAGAUGGAGGUGAAGAUGAAGAUACUUUAAAGAUACAUUGUAAGCUAAUUGAAAACGACUUUUAACUUUCUCCAAAUAAGACGAAAAACGAUUAUUAGCCGCGUAUGCCGAAACCAGAUUGUAGCGAGCUAUUUAGCAACUAAUUAUAAAAAGAAAAGAACAACCGGCAACAAUGGCAUUAACAAACUAGUGACAAAACAUAACAAACAGAGGGAGGAAUAGGAAUAUGGAAAACCAAGACACACUCAAGUUUUCAUUUUUCCAUUAAAACGAUAUAUAUUCAAGUGCUUCUUACAUAAAAAUAAAUAUAUAUAUAUACAUAUAUACCUAAGUAUAUAUAAAUUAUAUAUAAAAUGAUUACAUGGUAGAUAUUAUUAUUACGGGCAGAAUCGGAAACGAAAGGCAUUGCAUUAUGAAUACCUACUAACUAGGUUAAGGCAUUUACUAAAACUCUAUUAUUAUUAUUAUUAUUAUUAUUAUUACUAUUAUGUUUUGUGAGCGAACACAGAGCGAACUAUUACAGAUUACAGAAUGAAAGAGGAGUUUUAGGGUAAGCCUUAUACUACCUAUGCAAUGCACGAUUCCCGGUCCCGGAUAGUCGUACCGUGCCGUGUCGAGUAAUGGCACGAAGCGUUUGGUUUUAUAUUAUUUCUAAGUAGCCAGCAGCUCUCUAUGCAUAUAGUACAUACGUAUAUAAAGUAUACACAAACAAACGUACGAGUAAUCGAUGCAUUUUACUUACUUGAAAGCCAUCAAUGAAGCAAAGCAAAGUUAAAGCAAGUUCAUGAUUCAAUUUAUAUAAUUAUGUUAAGAUUUUAUAACGCAACAUGCCUAACGUAUACAUUACCUAUAUGAAUACUAUUAUACGAGACUUUGUAAAUACUUCACUUCACUUCACCAACCAAAUAAAUAAUCUUUCAUUCGAGCAAAAACCAGGACAAAAAUCAUAACGAAACCAAGAAAAAUACCGAUUCCAGAAUCGAUUUUCACAGCCUUGGUUCCACGUUCCACACACAAUCCAUAUACACAAUCCACACACGAUCCAUGAUCUACGAUCCACGGAUAGGAGAUGAGUAUGUUAUGCAUUCUUUAGCGGUUACAAAUACGUAAGGAUAAAUUUAAAUUGUUGAAUAUGUAGCGCAAAGCAUAAUUGAAGAUAAAGAUGAUAAAGCCCCAAAGGAAUAACAAAUAUUUAACCAAAUAAGUUACAAAACGCUAUACACAAAACGGUACUUCCAAGCAACUAUAGAGCUAACAGCAAACCAUUUAAACAGUUAAACAGCAAACUUAAUGAAGUUAAACGAAACAAAAUGAAUUGAAUUGAAUUCCGAAUAGAUCCGCACUCCUGAUCGGGCGCUCACCACCACCACUACCUCCCUCCCAAUCCCUCCUGUUAUCCUACUCGCACUCUCUCUUCCAUAGUACCCCCAUAGUACUGCCAAUCAGGAAUUCUCCAUAAUUUAGAAUUUAGUUCGAACCAAACGCUUCAGAAAUUUACACAAACGCCUACAUGAACACAGCGGAUUUUGUGCGGAUUGUGUGCGAAGUCGUAAAUCAGAACAGCAACAGCGAGAAGAGGAACAUCCGUUAAAUGAAAGACAAGAACAACAAAAAUUGUUAGUAAAAAGACUGAGCUACAAAAUAUACAAGAAAACAAAACAAAACAAAAGAAACAUAAAGCAAACAAAAAUGCUAUCGAUAUCGAAAUCGAGACAAAAGCUAAACGAAAGCAAA